UUGUGCUGUCCAUCUGGAAAGGAGGGUGGAUUUCGAGCAAUUGACUGGCUUGUGGAACUAAUGAACCUAUAUACAAAGGUCAUGUAUGGUGGCUCUGGUUCUGGAAGGACAAUCAACUAUGUGAUUAGUCAAUCAUCAAUCAUUAAUGCAUACCGUCAGUGCAUCGAAGACAUUGAGCACGAUUUUCACAUACCGGAGAAAAUGCUCCAUCAUGCAGCUCCUGACAUCCAAUCUAGGCUGGAUGGUUUAAAAAGGACCCUUCGUGAGCUCCGGCCACACAGGUACGAGAGAGGGCGGAAGGUACCUUACUUCAUAGAGGAU